AUGUCCGCUCUCCCCGCAGGCACCGACAUCAAGAGGGCUCUGGAGAACAGCCCCGAGACCAACAUCGAGGAUGAGCUCCCCGACGCACCGCCGCAGCCGCGGCCCAAGAACUACCUGCUCCUCAGCAUCCUCGCUUGUUUCUGCCCCGCCUAUCCUGUCAACAUCGUAGCCUUCGUUUUUGCCGUCAUGGCUUUAAACAGUUAUAAUCAAGGAGAUAUAGAAGGGUCAAAAAGACUGGGUCGCAAUGCACUCUGGGUUGCUGUUGCAUCCAUUAUCAUUGGCCUUGUCAUCAUUGGAAUCUACUGUGUAGUUCAUUUCACAACGAUUCUGUUUUUCAUUGAAGUCAGUGAUGCACAGCCUAUCCUUAAUUACUCCAGUAUAAAACUUCACUCACAUCAGUGAAAUCAGUUGAUUUCUUCAGCAUACACUGAUCUAAUUAGUCAAUGUGAGAAUCUUGCCACUGAUUUUGAGGAUCCCAAGAAUUGGCUGUCCUGUGAACUUCUCUGUUUUUUGAAUACUAUUUCAACAGUCUGAUAUGUCUUGUGGGACUUUUAGUAGCUUGCCUUAUUAUCAAAUAUGAUAGAACUGUCAUUGAGAAGUGGAAUAAAAUUACUUUUAAUUCACGUCCAUUCUGGUAUGUGGGAAGUUCUUUCCUAACUUUUGUUGCCUCUCCUAUUUUAAAG